AUGGCCCAACUCCAGCCCCGCGACUACACAGUUGGGUGGAUAUGCGCCAUCAAACCUGAGUUCAUUGCAGCGCAGGUUUUUCUAGACGAACCUCACGAGGAUCCGGAGUACAUAUCUCAGCAUGACAACAAUACUUAUGCGUUGGGCAGGAUGGGAAAGCACAAUAUCGCCAUCGCUGCUUUGCCGAUGGGGGAGUAUGGAACCAUCUCGGCAGCCACUGUUGCAAGGGACAUGAUGCAUACAUUUCCAAAUAUUCGAGUUGGCCUGAUGGUUGGCAUAGGCGGCGGCGCUCCCAGUGACAGACAUGAUAUCCGGCUCGGCGACAUCGUUGUGGGAACUCCCGGUAAUGGAGAGGGUGGGCUGCUUCAGUAUGACUUCGGCCAAAAUAUACAAGAUCGGGAAUUCCAAACCACUGGUUUCCUAAACCAACCACCCCCAUUCCUGCGGACGGCACUGAUGAAACUACAGGCAGGCUAUGACAUCCAGGGUCAUACGCUUAGGAGUGAGGUCGGCAGGGUUCUUGAGAAGAACACGAGACUUCGUAAACAGUUCCGUCGGCCGGACAUAAGCACGGAUAGGCUAUAUCAAAGCGAAGUUACCCACGCAAGUCCCGGCGAAAACUGCGACAAGAUUUGUGGUGUAUCGGGGUUAAAACUACGACCAGAAAGGGAUGAAGACGACCUUGGAGUCCAUUAUGGUUUGAUUGCCUCUGCAAACCAACUGAUGAAGAAUGCAUUAGUCAGAGAUAAUCUGGCGUCGACCAGAGAUAUUCUAUGCUUUGAGAUGGAGGCGGCGGGAUUGAUGAAUCACUUUCCUUGUCUGGUCAUCCGAGGCAUAUGCGACUAUGCUGACUCACAUAAGAAUAAGGAUUGGCAGGGUUUUGCAGCAAUGAUGGCUGCUGCCUACGCAAAGGAUCUCCUCAAGCAGAUACUGCCGAACAAGGUCGAAUCUGAGAAGAGUAUUGGAGAGAUAAUUUCGGGUCUGCAGAUUGCCACAGAAGAGCAGCGUGAUCUUUCAAAGGACCUCCUUCAGAUUCAGAAGGAUCAAAUCAAACCAGUCAAUGGAAGAACAACGCUGUCACCAGACAUUCCGACUCAUAAGCAACAUUGGAUGAACCAGGAGUCUGGCCUACUAUUGGUCUCGGCAGAUCCAGGAUGCGGAAAGUCAGUCUUGGCCAAAUACUUAAUCGAUAAAGUCCUACCUCAGUCACAAGAAACUAUUUGCUACUUCUUCUUCAAGGAAGGGGACCAAAAUACUGUUCGGCAAGCACUAUGUGGCAUCCUUCACCAGCUCUUCUCUCAGAAGCCAGAUCUACUUAAGCAUGCUAUGACACCAUUUCGUUUGGAUAGAGAAAAGGUGACACACUCAGUGCCAUCCCUUUGGAAGAUCUUACAUCAUUCUAUCAAGGAUCCAGCCACAGGUCCUGUUAUAAUAGUCAUAGAUGCCUUGGAUGAAUGCGCCAACGACGAGUUCAUAAAUCUUGUGCAGAAUAUCGAGACUCGGUUCCAGAACGGCGAAGCUAGCAGGUUAAAGUAUCUUCUGACAAGCCGACCAUACUCUGGCAUACUUUCCAAGUUUCAUAACUUACGAAACUCACCUCCAAAUAUCCAUAUACGUGGAGAGGAAGAGUCUAAUACAAUAAGUCAGGAAGUGAAUCGUGUUAUCGCGUACCGGAUCAAGCAGCUAGCAAGAGAGAAGAGCCUCUCACAAAAACGACGAAUGUAUCUCAAGCAGAAGAUGCAACAGACUCGCCAUCGAACCUAUCUCUGGGUGUCUCUUGUAUUCAACUACUUGGAGAAAGAAAUAUUCAAGACCACUGCCAAGGGAAUUGAUGCCAUUCUUUCGGUACUUCCUACAAGUGUCAACGAGGCGAAUGAGCGACUCCUUAAUAAAAACAACUCUGCAGAUCGCUCAGUAGUUCGAAAAGCGUUAAGCAUCGUCUUGGCAGCAAAUCGACCGCUGUCAUUGGCGGAAAUGAAUAUCGCGAUGAGUGUUGAGGGUUCCCAUCAGUCGUUUGGUGACCUCGACUUGGAGGAUGACACCCAUUUUCAGUCACGCCUCCGGUACUUGUGUGGGUUGUUUUUGUCAAUUCACCAGGGCCGCGUCUACUUCCUACACCAGACAGCUCGCGAAUUCCUGCUUAGAGAUUUCAAACCCUCCACUAACAUCGGCCUCGAGCCGCGCUGGCAUCAUUCGAUCACGCUGCAGGAGGCUCACACCAUCCUCGCAGAGACUUGUGUCCUCUAUCUGAACCUUUUUGACCCCAACUGUCCUACACCAGACACAGAGGAAGAAGUGGAUGCGUUAGUGAGCAUCCACCCCUUCUUAAGUUACUCUGCAAAGUAUUGGAACGAUCACUUUCGCCGGUCUCUUUUGGCAGAAGGUUCUCCCAUUAGUCGCUAUGCUCUCAAAUUAUACAACCCAAAUACAAGCAUUUACCGGCUAUGGCUCACUCUUUACUGGGCCAUAGGAUACAGACAAGUGGAGGAGUCCCCUUCAAACCUCACAGUGGCAUCUGAGAGUGGUAAUUACACAGUCUGCAAGCUCUUGCUGGGAGAUGGUGCGUACAUCCCCAACAACGCGCUGGCGUUGGCUGCUGAGAAGGGGCAUGGAUCUAUAGUUGAGCUGCUUCUCGACGCCGGCGCCGAUAUUGAGGCUGGCGCGGUUGAUGGGACUUACACGUACAUAAGCCCGCUGGUGUACGCUGUCGACAAUGGGCAUGAGGCUAUGGUCAAGCUGCUGCUCGAGAGAGGCGCCUGUUUUGGGGGUGGGAGAGGAUGGAAUGAGAUGUACCCGGGCAUAACGCCACUGAUGAGAGCUGCUGGGGGUGGGAAUGUGGCUAUCGUCAGGCUGCUGCUGGAGAAGGGUGCCGACCCUAAUGAGGCGGAGUAUAAUUGGCAAGAACUGGAACUCUACAGUUAUGUUUCUCAUUUCGAAGAGGGUAAAACUCCACUGAUGCUAGCUGCUGCAAAUGGACAUACUGGUGCGGCUAAGAUCCUCCUCGAAAACGGGGCUAGCUUUACGACGAUCGAUUCUGAUGGUCGGACACCACUGAUGCUGGCCGCUGGAAAUGGACAUACAGGCGUGGUCAAGGUUCUGCUCGAGAAAGGAGCCAGCCUUGUGGCUAUCGAUUUGCAUGGUCAGACGCCACUUCUGUGUGCGGCCGAAGGUGGGCAUGAUACCGUAGUUAAGCUUCUCCUUGAGAAGGGCUCCAAAAUUGAGGAGAGAAGUCCACAGACGAGAGACAACAAGCCCAUGACGCCGCUAUUGUGGGCCGCAAAGGGCGGUCACAGUGCUACAGUCAGGCUACUUCUCGAGAAGGGCGCUUGCAUUGAGACCAAAAAUGUCAUGAACGGAGGCAUGACGGCGUUCUCAUACGCGGUUGCUGGCGGGCACGAAUCCGUGGUCAACCUGUUGCUCGAAAAUGGGGCCAAUCCUGUAACCAGAGAAGAUUCGGACCCAACCUCAAUAGCGUUAGAUAUACUAUAUUAA